GUGACAUCUCUAGUGAAAUGCUUCCACAGGGUGACUCCGGAUCUCAGAGUAAACCCGCACUUUCCACUAAUUUUUAUUCGGGGACAUUAAAGAUGGUUGACAACGCUGCCACCGAGAGCAACCAAAACCACCACCACCUAGUUGGUGACAUCUCCAGUGACAUGCUUCCUCAAAGUGACUCCGGAUCUCAGAGUAAACACACACUUUCCACUGAUUUUGAUUCGGGGACAUUAAGGAUGGUUGACAAUGCUGCCAUCGAGAACAACAAAAACCACCACCACCAAGCUGGUGACAUCUCCAGUGAAAUACUUCCUCAGAGUGACUCUGGAUCUCACAGUAAACACACACUUUCCAUUGAUUCUGAUUUGGGGACAUUAAAGAUGGUUGACAAUGCUGCCAUCGAGAACAACCAAGAGGACCACCACCAAGCUGGUGACAUCUCCAGUGAAAUGCUUCCUCAGAGUGACUUUGGAUCUCAGAGUAAACACACACUUUCCAUUGAUUCGGAUUCGGUGAGUAUUAAUCAAACUUUCAAGUAGAUUUAGACAAAAUCCAAUUGACAAGACAUGGUCUCUGAUGGAUGAACAAGUCUGAAGGACUUUUCAUUUGGCAAGACAGAACUUAGUUUCCA